AUGUGGUGAAAAGAUUCCGCCACUUAAGUAUUGUGCCUCGGAACUUAGGAGUACUGGUGUCAAGUUUCAGAAGGAGAAGAUGUCGUCUGAUCCCUGUCCUCCAAAAAAAGACAUCUUUAUUUGACAUAACCUUCGACAUGGAGAAGGGAAUAUUGACAAUCCCAACUAUUAUGAUCGACUACAAUAAAGAACUCAUCCUUAGAAAUCUCAUUUCCUUUGAGCAAGGCCAAAACUACUGUACUAAAUACUUCACAGCCUAUGCAUACUUUCUGAGUGGCCUCAUUGACACUCCUAGUGACGUGAAGUUACUAGAGCGGAAGGGAAUUAUUACAAACCACCUUUGCAAUGCAGAAGAUAUAGUGACCUUAUUUGGAAACAUUGGCAAAUAUGUUGCCCUGGAUGCUCGAUAUCCUUAUUUCUAUGGUGUUAUCAAGGAUUUGGAAGAGUAUCACAAUAAAUCAUGGAAUAAAUCAAAGGCGAGUUUGAUGCAGAACUAUUUCAACACGCCAUGGGCAUCAAUUUCAGUCGGUGAUAGCUGCAGCUUUACUCCUCAUCUUGACCAUUUUACAGACUAUUUGUUCCAUCUUACAAGUCAAACCUUGAACAAGUCAAUGAAUCUAUUCUCUAUAUAUUAG